CUUCCGGUCCCUGUCCGGUGUAUGUGUGUUUCAAAUAUUUCCAUUUGAGGAGCGUUUCGAGAUUUGCAGCUCUAAAGAAGAAAAGCGAGGGCUUUGAAAAUAUGGAGACAGAGGAUGUAGCAGCUGAGGCACCUGUAGAACCACCAACCGAAGCGCUAGAUGCAAAUACUGAGUCAAACAAAGAGCCCAAUGUAAGCGCAGACAUUCAGGACAUUCAGAACCAUGUCACAGACAACAACAAAGAGGAAUCCGUGACUGAGACGCAAGGUGAGUCUGACAAAGUCACAGAAGGGGAGACUGCUCCUAGUGGACAAGUCGCGGACAAUCCUCCUUGUGACUGGUUGGAGCCACUUGAAGAAGACUGUGAUGAAGCUGAUGCUCAGAGCUGUGAUCAGGAUGGAGCAGAGAGCGUUGCGGGGAGUGAGAGGAGUGGGAGUCUGGCUAGCGGAUGGAAGAACUUUGGGGGCAGAGGUGGCGGAUUUAAACCUCGGAGGAGACCACAGUGUGAGGCUGAUGAAGGCUGGGAAGAUUGCUCUUUAUUAGGGGAAGGAUGGAAACGCAAACAGGUUUUCCGUCGAUCAGGCACAAGUGAAGGACGCAGUGACACGUACUAUACAAGUCCUGCCGGUCAUAAAGUGAGAAGUAGGGUUGAGCUUUUGAAAUAUGUAGAUCCUUCCAUCGACCUCACAAACUUUGAUUUCAAGACGGGCAAGAUCCUUGAUGUUGUGGUUCCAAGAAGAGGAAGGAAGAGGAAAGUGGAUUCUCCCCUGCUUUACUUCGGAGGCUCCUCUGAAGUUCCAAAAAAAUUAACGGAUACAGGUGGCUGGGCCGGUAGUUCAGGAUCUUCAGCAAAUCUCAGUGCCUUUCAGAGAGAAGGCCCAUAUGUCAGACCGAUGGUUGAGAAUUCCAGAACCAUGCCAGAUACCAAUGUCCCAAACGUCACCAAUCCUCCACAUUUUGGUCCAACUCAAAUUCCAGCGAAGCCAACUGCUCCUCCCCCGGGGGUUUCAGGCGGGCUUAUGAAUGGCAGUAGUGGAACUUCGCGACCUUUGUUGACUGUCUGCGUAAAAUGUAAUAAAACCAUUGCAUUUGAAGAGGGACAAACUCUGUGCCAGACCUGCCUGCUCGAGUGUAACAUACCAAUAGCGAGAAGCAGGAAACCCUACAAAAAGUGGGUCCCAUGUGGCCGGUGCCGGGCUUGCCAAGUUACGACGGACUGUGGAAAAUGUGUUAGCUGCAGAAAUGGCAAGCUUCGGCUUCGACUGAAUAUCCGCUCCCGGAAAAUCGUUAAAUGUCGCAGACGAAAAUGUUUACACCCUGUCCGUAGGGACAAGAGUGGAAAGACACCAGGAGGAAACAUUUCAAACACGUUUGGAUCCAUGAGCACAGCUUCAAUUAUUUCAAAACCUUCAGUCUCAGAUUUUGAGGAAUCACAGAGCUCCUUGCCACAGUUCAGUGACUCAGAGGAUCUGUCUCUGUUCUUUGGCGGUAAUGAUGGUGACUAUGGCUAUGAUGAGAUGGUUGCGGGAAAGUUACGUCGCCGGUCCUGUGGGAAAUGUAGAGGUUGUGUUCGACGUACCGACUGUGGAACCUGUGAUUUUUGCAUGGACAAACCCAAGUUUGGAGGCAGGAAUAAAAAAAGACAGAAAUGCCGUCUACGGCAGUGUGAAAGAGAGGCUAUGAAGCAUUUGCUGCCCAUGGAUGAGAAUCAGUCGGACAUGCUUAUUCCCGAGGAACGUGGCAGGCCGAGGCCACGUUACACAUAUUCACGUGGUAGACCCAGGAACAGAAGAUCAUGGGAUUUCGAGGUCUCAGAUAAUGAGGCUGAACUUUAUGAGAGCCCAAAGCCUUUCUCAGGUUCUGCACAGAUAGUGAAAAGAGACAGGCUCGUCCUCCCCAAUUAUAAUGGAAAGGCCUACAGUUAUUCUGACAUUCCAAACAGUUAUAUGCUUAACCACAUCCCACUCUACAGCUCCCAUAAUGUUGAGAUCAGCCCCCAGCUGCACGUUGGAAGGGCAGAAAUGAUCAAAGAAAAUGGGCUUCAAGGCAGUGGCAUCAAUAGCAGAGGCCUUCUGUCUGUUAGACCAGAAAUUCUGCAAGAUGUCCAUCCUACUACAAGAUGCGAGUUAAUGCCAUUUCCCCCAAGCUAUGGAUCUGGUGCUGUUGAACAGGAGUUUGAGUCUUCCCCAUCGAUCACCCAGAUAUUCAGUAUGGCUGACAAUGACCCUGCCACCAAAGGCAUUGACCUCGAUCAUGAGCUGAUGCAGCUCCUGAGGUCUCUUCGCAGCACGAUACUUCCUGUACUCUGGUACUGCGUUGCAAAUGAGGGACCACAGUUGCAGCUAAUGCAAUGCUCCAAGCGCUCCACUAUGGCAGACACCAUCGUUCAUAUUGAGCCCAACUUCCACUACCACAUCAGCGUCCAGGAACAGCCCCUCUUACCCACCCACAAACUCUACGAGAGCCAUCCACCUCUUCUCACCACAACAACAGAGAUCAUUGCCCUCCUCGAGGAUCUGGAAAAGCAUGCUGUCUGCCAGGGCUUUUCGAACAAAGGUUCUCCACCUGGACAAGAGCCGGUUCUUCCGGAGCGGGCGGCAACUUGCGACUUUCUCAUUUUACCAGAGGCAGAACGCUGUCCAAAAUGCUCAACACCACAACAGGCAUAGAGAAAAUGUUCAGCACAUAAGAACAGGUCUGAAAGGAAUAGUUUACCCAAACAUGACCAUUGUCAUCAUUUGCUCACCGUCAUGUUGUUUCAAACCAGUAUGACACUUUUUUUUUUCUUUCAUAUGCGGAACCCAAGAGCAAAAUUGUAAUGAAUUGUCUGGUCUUUCUAUUCAAUAUAAUGGCAAUUGAUAGUGUGCGACUCACUUUAAACUUUAAAAAAGUACCCAAAUGUAUCACAAUGUUAGUCCAUGAGGCUCCUGUGACUUAUUUAGAGUCUUCUGAAGACAUAGGAUAGGGUUUUAAUGAGAAAUAACCCAAAAUGCAUUUAUUUUUCAGUUAAAAUCUUGAUGUCUGUUCUGCGUUAAUGAGUGCGUGAGAGAAGCGUGUUCAUGUGAGAACUUGAGUUGUUUUUAGCUCUAAACCUUAAACCUAAUGAACAAACUGCUACUUUUGAUGGUCCUUUUUUAUGUUUUAAAGUAAUUUGCUAUGAACUGUCAUUGCAGAUAGAGAGUGUGUGUGUGUGUGUGUGUGUGUGUGUAUAUAUAUAUAUACAUAUAUGUGUGUGUGUGUGUGUGUGUGUGUGUGUGUGUGUAUAUAUAUAUAUAUAUAUAUAUACAUAUGUGUGUGUGUGUGUGUGUGUAUAUGUAUAUAUAUAUAU